UAGAAAAAAAUGUUCGGGGGACAGCAUAUCAUUACGAGGCAAUUGAACAAGGGUGUUUUUGGUGGCGCGAGUGGUGCUGUUCGAGGUACUCAAUUUUUCUUCUCGAAGAGACACACAUCUCCACCCAUACGCGCCAAUUUUGGCGAUCAUAAAACCCGUUUGUAUUCUUCUGUUACACCUACACCUCCUACGAAUAAGACCAAUUCUACUGUUGCUACUGCUGCUUCUGAUACAGUCAAAAAACUAAGCAAGUUUAAACAGUAUGCAGAGCAGUUCAAGAACAAGCCUGCAAGUCAUUUGAUUGCCUUUGGACUCUUGCACGAAGUGACAGCAGUGGUCCCACUUCCGAUUGUUUAUUUUGCAUUAGCACAAUCUGGUAUGACCAUCCCGUUCCCAGAACAGGCCAUGGAGGAAGGAAACAAAUUUGUCACACGUGUGGCCAAGUACUAUGGCUGGAAUUUGGAAGGAGAUACAGGUGCCCGCACAAUGCUAAACAUGGCAACAAGUUACGCGCUUGUGAAGGCAGUGAUGCCUUUACGAUUGGCAUUGUGUGCAUGGAUGACGCCGUGGACAGCAACCAGGGUUAUAUCACCCGUCAUGAGUAUCUGGCGUCGAUUUAGGAAAUAAUGAAUAUUAAUAAAUUCACC